GCUACUCAGCCGUACAGUUCACAGCAAUCCCGCCGCUCCAGUCCGUCCAUGUCCGAUAAAUCGGAGGGCCUGAGCGAAGUGGGGUAAAACAUGACUUGAUUCGAUGAAUAUGAGAUCAGUGACGAGUUCAGCAUGUUGAUACUAUAAAAACCAUCGAUCUCCCUCCCGUCACGACCUACUAACUCGUCCCCUAUUAAGACCGUGACUACUAGGAAAUCAACUAACUAGCACCACUCCUUCACGCUAUCCUUCCCUCGGAAUCAAAUCCUUAUCAAUAACUUUCUGCAUCAUGGCUGUCACUGCUAUCGAAAGUAUCUCCGACUUCCUCACCCUCAUCAACUCGGGAGAUGUGGUGAUCAUCGACUUCUGGGCUACAUGGUGUGGUCCUUGCAAAAUGAUUAGUCCUUUCUUUGAACAGCUGGCCUCCCGGCCCGAGUUCAGCGCCAUCAAGUUCGCCAAGGUCGACGUCGAUACACAGGAGGAUAUUUCUCAAGAAUGUGGAAUUAGAGCCAUGCCGACCUUUAUAGUAUUCAAAGAUGGCCAAAAGCUGGACGAUAUGGCGGGAGCUCACCCCGGUGGCCUGCAAGGUCUUGUUCAGAAGUAUGCGUGAAGUUGGUAAGCCAUAUAUAGUUACUCUAUGUGGUUGGUCAUGGGGGAUUUGAACCAAGUGAUAUGCGGAUUGCUGUUUUAUAUUACUAUCUACAAGUGUCUUGAAUCACUCUGGUGAUUUGCUCUGUCAUUCGAUAUUGUUGACAUUACAAAUUCGAUUCUCUG